UUUUAAAUAAUUAUACAAAUGUUUAUUAAAUUAUAAAAAAAAUUACGUGUUAAAUACCACAAAUGAAAUGCUCCUGACGAAAGUCAGACUUGGAUUGUUCAAUAUCCAACAGCAUAGUUUUUUUUUACCAAGAUUUUUUAGAUUACCUUUAUCAAGUAAAAAAUCAAAAAUGAAAAAAGAAGAAGAUGAUGAUUUAUCAAGUAUACCAUGUGUUACUCAAGGUAAAUUUGAUAAAAUUGAUCCAUGUAUGUUGGAUCCACGUAGUCCAGAACCAAGUGUUAUUAUAAUUGGUGCAGGAAUGGCUGGUUUAUCAGCAGCUCAUCGACUUGUUCAAUGUGGUUUAAAAAAUUUUAAAAUUCUUGAAUCAUCAGAUAGACCAGGUGGUCGAAUUCAUUCAUGCUGGUUUGGUGAUGUUGUUACUGAAAUGGGUGCAACAUUGAUUGAAGGAGCAUGUUUAGCAAAUCCAAUAUUUACAUUAGCUGCACAAGAGGGUCUAUUAAAAAAUUCAGCAUAUCGUUUAGAUAAAAGUAAAGGAUUAUUUUGUACAUCUGAUGGACGAGCUAUUGAUUAUCCAAUUAGUAUAACAGCUUAUCAUACAUUUCGUCAAAUUGAACAACAAGCUGCUGCAUUAUUUACCCUUGGUUGUGGUAGAAAACAUGGAUCACUAUUAAAUUUUAUUGGCAUAAGAAUACAACAAGAAUUACAAAAUUUUCCUGAAGAUCAAAGGUAUGAUGCAGCUCGUGUUAUGUAUGGAAUGACAAAUAUUAUGAGAUGUAAAUGUGGUGAUGAUUUAUCAAUGAUAUCAGCUGAUCAAUUUGGAAGUUUUAUUGAAAUACCAGGUGGUAAUGCUCGAGUGCCUUUGGGAUAUGUUGGUAUUGUAGCUCCAUUGUUACGUGAUUUACCACAAUGUUCACUCAAAUAUGGUAAAGCAGUGAGUAGUAUUAAAUGGGGUUCACUUGGUGAAACAUGUCCUCGUGCUGUUGUUAAAACUUGUGAUGGUGAAGAACACUCAGCUGAUUAUGUUAUAAUAACAAUGUCACUUGGUGUACUUAAAAAUCAACAUGAUAAAAUUUUUUAUCCAUCAUUGCCUGUUGAAAAAGUUGAUGCAAUUAAUAAACUUGGAUAUGGUAAUGUUAAUAAAAUUUUUUUAGAAUAUACAAGACCAUUUUGGAUAUGGAAAGAAGGUGGUAUACAGCUUGCAUGGUCAGCUGAAGAAUUAUCUGAUAGAUCAGAUUGGGUUAAAGGAAUUGCUCAUAUUGAAGAAGUUCCUUGUUCUCAUCAUGUACUUUGUGUAUGGAUUUGUGGUCAUGAAGCAGCACAAAUGGAAUUAUGUUCUGAUGAAGAAGUUGUUGAAUCAAUAACAAGACUUCUCAGACAAUUUACGGGAGAUCCAACUCUUCCUUAUCCAUCAAAUUUAUUACGAAGUCGUUGGAGUAUGGAUCCACAUUUUGGUGGUGCAUAUAGCUAUAUGGCUGUUGAUAGUACAGUUGGUCAUCAGUGUGAUUUAUCUAGUCCUCUACCAGGAUCAUGUGAUCCUACACCACCAAUAUUAUUGUUUGCUGGUGAGGCAACAAUACCAGGACAUUAUGGUACAGUACAUGGAGCACGUUUAAGUGGUAUUCGUGAAGCUGAACGAAUUCUUAAAUUAACAAAAAAAUACAAUGGUCCACCAAAAUUAUCAACAGAUACAAAAACAUGCCAAACAAAAUGCUAAUAAAAAAAAAUGAAAUUUAA